UGCUUAUCGAUACACUUAUCAGCUGUUCGCGCCGCUUGUUUUAUAAGUAAUAUUAUUUUAUGAAAUCAAUUUGGAAUAUCAAAAUAACUUGGCAUGCUGAGAAACCUACUGCGCAGCUUUGGCACGGCACUGAAGCUGCAUGCCAGCACAAACACAGCCCAAUGGCACUGCAGCAGGCGCCUGCUCUUCUCCCAGUACGAAAACCGGGAGAAUCCCAGUAAAUCCCUCCUGAUCAGUGCCGCACUUGGUGGCAACGAGGCGGACAACGACUAUGUGCCCUACCGCCGGGACCACGAGACGGGCACCAAGGCUCGGGUGCUCAUGGAAACGCUGCGGGAACGCUUUCGCUUCACGGACGACGAGCUGCAGAGGAUCAUGAGCGACGAGCUGGUGCACCGCACCUACAGGGGCAAGUCGCUGGCCCUGACCUUGGACACACUGCAGCUGGAGGGAGUGAGCCGGCGCAGCUUCCUGGAGUAUCCCUGGCUGCUCUCCCUGGACGACAAGCGCCUGGAACUGAAGCUGCAGCUAAUCAAGUCUAUGGACAUAAAGGACAUCAACCACUUUGUGCCCUUCCUGCGCCUCACUGUGCCCCGCCUCCGCAAGCUGGUUGGCGCCCUCAACUCCGAGAGGGGCACCAUGCCACAGCUGAAUCGCGUCUACUACAUCAGCGAAAAGCUGCAGGUCAGUCCCGAUCUGGUGACCAAGUACCUGAGCAAGCGGCUCUUCAUCCUGGAGAUGCCCUACGAGAUGUUCGAGAAGAAUCUGCAGCACAUGAUCGACUACAAUGUGUCGCCCAUCAACGUUCUCAAGGAUCUGUGGGCCUUUCGCUAUACGCCAAAGUCGGUUGAGAUGCGCCUGGAGCGUGCCAAGCGGGCGAAGAAGGACAAAAUCAUGCCGUGGAUGGUGCGCUGUCCGGAACCCAUACUGCAACGCUCCCUGAAGCUUUCCCUGGAUGAGCUAAAGGUUUUGGGCCAGUUCUCCUCCGUGGUGGAGUACCUGGCUCACCGCUUGGGCUUCAGUGUCAGUGAGGCCAAAGCAAUAAUGGACAAGCAUCCACAGGUGCACACAGUGCGGGUAACCAAGAUCAAGGAGGUGCUAGACUACUUACUCGAUGAGGCCAAGUUCACAAGAUUCGAGAUCGCCCAAGUGCCUCGCGUUCUGUGCCAUAGCCUGAAAACGACCAAGGAGCGGAUGGAGGAGCUGAUGUCCCACGGCUGUCGGCCCUCCUCCCUUGUAAUCCUUUGUCGCAGCCGCAGGGAGUACGACAAGUUUUUGCAGCACUGGAUCAGCCAGAAAAGAGAUCCGCAAGUUGCUACAGAGAAGACUUUAAAAGUUGAAUGAUUUGAUUUGAAUUAAAUUAAAGUUUCCUAUUAAAUUAAGACUAAAAAGUAA